CAUCCUGCAAGGCUAAAAAAAUAAGCAAGUAAUAGACAUGGAAGAGGUGGCGGAAGAAUCCCCAACCGUGUCUACUGCUCCUAAGCCUAAAGGAGGAGGCAGGUUUACAAAUAAAAGGACUCUAGGAUAUACUCUUCGUCUGAUAGUGGUACAGUUUGGUUUGUUACUCUGGAAGAAUGCAUUGUUGCAGAUACGUCGCCCUCUUGGAACUUUCUUUGAGAUAAUAACUCCAUUAACUACAGUCUCAGUGCUGCUGAUACUAAGGUUUACUGUGUUUAAUUUUGAUUAUAACUGCUUUGUCACUUAUAAUUCGGAUCCACUUGUCAUUCCAAGGACUGAUUCAUAUAUUCUCUAUUAUGCACCUAACACAACUGAAGUAAAUGAUUUAGCUGCUAACUACAUUGCUCCAUUGCUGUUGACCAGUGGAGGUAGUUUGGAGGGAGUUGAGACAUCAGAUGGCAUACAAGCAGCUGUAGAGGAUUCAAAUGUCACUAGAAGCAGAGGCUGCUUUCUUGGUGGAGCUGGUGUUUAUUUUGAAAGUAUUUCAAAUGAUGACAUUAAGUUUAGUAUUAGACUGAGAUAUGAGACAAACCGUGUCAAUUGGUUGAUUGAUUUAGUUGCUGCACCAUUGGAGCUAGCCGGACCACGUCACGUUCCAUAUCAAUACUUGGAUGAAGGUUUCAUGCAGUUGCAAAAGAUAAUAAGUGAAGCCAUCAUUCAUUACAGGACUGGUCAACCAGUGGCAGUCAAUGUUGAAUCACGACAAAUUCCUUCACCAGUGUAUGGUCGGGAUUUUUUUGUUUUUUCACUGGAUUUUCUUCUUCCUCUUCUUGUUUCAAUAUCAUUUGUUUACUCAGUCGGAGUUUUUGUAAAGGAGUUGGUUUUGGAGAAGGAAUCUCGUACAAAAGAAAUGAUGAAGAUAAUGGGCUUAUCCAACUGGAUUCUGACUGCAACUUGGUUCAUUAAAGAAUUCAUAUUUUUAUUUUUCACUGCAGUAAUAUAUGCUAUCAUGCUUAAGUAUGGCAUUAUACUACCAAACUCUAAUCUGCUACUUCUCAUCAUUUUCUUUUUUCUUUUUGUCACUUCAACAAUUGCCUUUUGCUUCUUCUUGAGUUCACUGUUUUCCUCUGCUACCCUUGGCCUGUUGGCUGGUAUACUAACCUGGUCCACACUUUCAAUCAUUCACUUCUUCAUCAGCCAAUCAUAUGAUGACAUACACUUCUCCAUUAAGUUGCUUCUCUCAUUGCUUUCUUCAAAUUUAUGCACUGGGUUCGGUAUUCAGGUCUUAUCAAAGCUAGAACAAAGCGGCCUUGGUCUUAACUAUCAGUACUUCUUCACUCCAGUCUCUUUCACCGACACUACCUUCAGCAUGGCAUGGACGUUCCUCAUACUGUUCCUCAAUACCAUAACAUACAUGAUCUUGUACUGGUAUAUUGAAGCAGUGUUUCCUGGUCAGUAUGGCAUCGCCAAAAAACCAUAUUUCUUUUUGCAGCCGUCAUAUUGGAGACGAACAAAUAAAAAGCAUAAAUUGGCCCCGAGCUGCAAGGAGGAGGAGGUGGAGUUAGAAGAAAGAAACGAACAAGAUUCAAAUCAUGAGCCUGAUCCAGCUGGCCUUUCCGUUGGAAUAUCAAUCAAUAACCUUGGGAAAGUGUUCAACUCCAAGAAGUCGGAUUCAGAGGUGGUUGCAGUAAAUAAGAUGUCAUUGAAGAUGUAUGAAGGACAGAUCACAGCACUGCUGGGGCACAAUGGAGCAGGGAAGACCACGACGAUUAAUAUACUGUCAGGAUUCUACCCUCCCACCUCAGGGAAUGCUUUUAUAAAUGGACUAAGUGUCUUGGAUGAUAUUGAACUGAUUCGGACUAACCUUGGGCUCUGUCCACAACAUAAUGUGCUGUUUGAUAGACUAACUGUCAGAGAACACCUCAGGUUUUUUAUUAAGCUGAAGGGUGUUAGUGGUAAUACUACUGAUGCAAUUGAUGACCUGCUAGAUGAUUUAGAAUUAAUUGAUAAAUCUGAUGUUCAGUCUCAGAACCUUUCCGGCGGAAUGAAGAGAAAAUUGAGUGUUGCAAUUUCUCUAAUUGGUGGUUCUAAGUUUGUCAUAUUGGAUGAGCCGACUAGCGGUAUGGACCCCUAUGCAAGGAGGAUCACUUGGGAUCUGCUUAUCAAACAUAAGGAGGGACGGACUAUUCUACUUACGACACAAUUCAUGGAUGAGGCGGACAUACUGGGGGAUAGGAUAGCCAUUAUGAAGUCAGGGAGAGUUAAAACAAGUGGAUCAUCUCUUUUCUUAAAGAAACGUUAUGGGUGUGGCUACCAUUUAACUAUAGAGAAGGCUAGCAUUAGUACUGAUUCUGAAGAGAUCAUUGCAGUAGUACAGGAUAUGGUCGGGGGAUCAAGGUUUUUAUACGACAUUGGAACUGAAGUUGUACUGUUGCUGCCUGAUGAGAAAUCCAUCCUAUUCUCAUCACUUAUUAAUACACUUGAAAAUAGGAAGAGAAGUCUUGGUAUUAGUAGUUAUGGUGUUUCUGUUACAACGAUGGAGGAAGUAUUCAUUCAAGUUGGUAAAGAUGAAGACGAAGAGAUUCAAAAAAAAAUUCAGAGAAAGAGAACAGAAUAUUUUGAAAAGCAGACAAGUGAUGUUUCUGAAAUUAUUGAAACAAUAGAUUCUGAACAAUCUGCAGCUGCUGAUGAAAAGUCACCCGUACCCACUAAAAAUUUUAAAGAUUUUAAUGCUGGCAACACUCUAAUUUUCCAGCAGUUUUACGCCAUGCUUGUAAAGCACUUCUAUUACUUCACUCGGUUCUGGAUGGGUAUCAUUCUCGCUGUUGUCUUGCCAAUAUUUUUUGUCCUCCUCACUUUGCUCAUUAUAAAAUUUGACACCACAGACUCAACUGGAGUCACAGAACUAACAUUGACGUUUCCUGAUCUUGCUGAAGAGAGCAGCAACAUCACGUUAUUUUGGGCUAAAUUUGGAAAUAACUUUCCUAUUCAAUUUGGCGCUGAUAAUGCAACUGCUAUUCAAGCAACAGAUUUCUUGGACUUCACAAGUGACAUAGAGUCCAUCAGAUCAUCAGUGGCUAAUAUCAGCAGUGCCAGUGAUUGCUGCAGUUAUAAAUAUCAGAUCUUAGACAAGUACUGUGCAACCAGGACACCUGAGGAGCUAAGUGAAUGCACCAACUCUGAUUUUGGAUACUCACUUUGCAUGAACUGCCUAAGUUGUUGCACGGCUAGAGGUUUCAAGAUACCAUCCUGCAGUGACCCCAGUGCCGAGAGUCUCUAUCCUAAUGAUGCUGUGUUCUGUCCUGCCCCUCCUGUUCUCUCGCUAGCUGAUAGAACCAUGACAGAUCCAGCUGGACCUCUUGAUGACGUUAAUACUUAUACUGCCGAGAAGAUAUUGCAGUACAUAGAGAAAAUUAAUAUUGGUCUGUUUGAGACCUUAUUUCAGGGUGGGUUUGUCCUCCACAACACUCCAGUCUCAGGAUAUGCUGUUUGCGGCUGUAGCAAUACAAGUCAAACCUGUUCCUACCUCACUCCAGCUCUCCUCUCUUCACUUAAUGACGUCCCAACAAGCGUCACUUUUAACUCAAUUGAUUCAUUUGUGAAUGAUUUCUGUUCAGCUUUUACCGACAGUGAUCCAGACUGUCACCUCUUGACGUCACCUUCUGAUUGGAAUCAGGAUUAUUCCGGGACGUUAGCAGCUUGUAUUGAUCAAGCAUCGUGUGAUUUGUCUCAGUAUCAGUGUCAAUGUGUUGAUUCACAGUGUCAGUUUGGUCGUACAUCACCAGUUGUCAGUUCUGUUCCUACGGCUACCGUUUGGUAUAACCACAAGGCCUAUCAUACUGCUCCUGUAGUACUAAACUCAUUUUAUAAUCUUUACCUUAAAAGUUUCAAUUCAAAUUUAAGCAUCACAGUCACUAACCAUCCCUUCACUUCAUCUCUCACCACUGAGUUAAGUUCUUUAAGUCGAGUCUCUUUUGAAACCCAUGGUAUUACGAUUGCCGUCACAAUUGGACUUGGAUUUAGUUUCCUCUAUGCUAGUUUAACAAUACUACUGACUAAGGAAAGAGAAGAAAGAGUAAGAGAUUAUACAACACUUCAGUGUAGCCUCUCGCUAGCUGCCUUUACU